AAAACAGAUUUAAAUCGUAAACACAUCAAAUUCAUUGUCGUAUUACAAAUUUCAACUGUGAAAUAUUAAAUAAAUAUUGAAAAUGGAGGACAACUCGUAUUCGCAGCUCAUUGAGGAGAGCAUCAAGUUGCAUUUUGAGAGGAACGGAACGCUGGACGAGAUGCGAAGUGGUUUGCAUGUGAAGGUCCUGAAGAUGCUUCAUGACCAAAAGAAGCUACGAAAGGACGAACCUCUCUGCGGUGGUGAAUUGGAAAGGCGAGGAUUGUCGCAUUUGCUCAAUCAGCUGAUUGUGGAUUACUUUGAUUGGUAUGGCUAUAAGCAUACCCUGGAAACCUUUUCUCUGGAAACGGGCAUUAAAUCUAAAAAGUCACGCGAAAAGCUACGACGCGAACUGAAUGGAAAUUUUGAUCACAAGGAGUUGCCUAUCUUGUUGGAAAUGCUGAUGAAACAAACAAACCGAGAUUAUAGUAAUCAAUCGGAGGAGAAUCAAGCACAGCAUGUCCUAGCGAAGGUUGAGACAACUUCAAGUAACUCAAAGAAAGUCCCUGGUCCCAGCCUGGUUGUUAGAGAACUUCAACAGCCUGAGAAAAAAGCACCAAGACCUUCUUCCAGAGCUGUAGAAUCUCCAAUUAAAGUGGAUAAACUUCAUAGACCCAUCACACCCAUUAAUUAUGCUCCAAACUCCCAGGCAAAGGUUCAUGUGCGUCAGCGCAUGACGGAGGUGGUUAGAAAAGUUCCAAGUAAUCCGAAGAAAGUUGGGAAAAAAUCACCUGAAAUUGCAAAGCCAACUAGUUACGAUACGGAUACAGCAUCUGAUUCCACAAAGUCUUCGACGGAAGAUGAUGAUAAUGAUACGGAAGAAAGUGAAACAUUUGCCGAUAUACCCAAUAGGUAUUACUAUCGGGAGCAGGAACCUCCCGAGAGAACCUAUCCACACGGUUACGGCGAAGAGGGUCCUUACGAAGGACAGCAUCUACAAAAGCCAGCCAAGCCGUUAAACUCACGCAAAGUUGAGAAAUCAAAGGCGCAGAAGUUCUAUGAAAUGGAAAACAAAGAGAGGAAACUGAAAAGUAGCUCCAAGGAUAUGCCUAAAUCCCCAAAUACAAAGUCUAAAACAUCUGAUCAGAGCACAAGUAAACGAAGCCGGUUCUUGUAUCAAUCAUUUCGUCGAGUGAAUCAUUCCGAUGAUGAUCUGAACAUGCCAGUUAGUAAACCCAAGUGUCCUGAAACUGUGAUCAGUUCCAUUAAAAUGGAUAGUGCUGAUGACUCUGAUGAGGAUAGCGAUGUCUACUUAUGAGUAUGGUGAAUCAUUUAAAUUCAUCGUAUUUAAUUGUUUCAACUUUGUACACCAAAUUAUGUGAAUGUGUUUCUUAAUUCUUUUCUUUUCUGGACUUUGCUUGAACAUGUUUGAACUGCUAAUAAAUUACAUAUUGUACUUUCUGUUUAAGAAA